AUGCCAGCGGCGCAUGCGUCUAGUUCUGCAUCGAUUCAGAAACGAGCUUCCAACCCUGACCUAAUUUCUUGCCCUGUGUUGGCCAAACUAGUUGAAAGCAUUCGGCGAAUCGUACAAUAUUGGGUUUUAUCUCGAGGACGGGAGGCCGCAGAGCGUGGAAUAUUGAUGGCGGGCAGCGUUGCGUUAAAAGCCUCGGAUCGGAAAGUAGCCGAGCGUGUCCACACUUUUGUCAGCUAUUGGGGGAGGGGAAGGGAUCAGUUGAAAGUUGAAAAGUUCGCUCUGACCGCCAGAGCUGUUUCCGCGAAAUUGCAAUCAAUUGUUUCUCCCCAGGUUUUAUAUUCGGGAGGGCUUUUGGAAUUAAGCAUUCGUUGCUACCUUUGUCUUAUCGAAGUAAUGCAUUUACGUAG